AUGCUUGGAAUGAAGAUGAUUAUUCUGAAGCUGCUGCCGCUGCUGCUGUACAAUGGGAUCUCUGCUGCAUAUCCCGCCCAGCAACAUGAAUCGGGAAUAGUCAGCUACCGUGCGCGGACUAACAUGGUCAAAUCUUUCACAUCCUCUUCUCUCCAUGAAUCAGCGCCGGAUCGACUGUUCCGCCGCCAAGACGCACGCUCAGAAGAAUUCAUGAAGGACGCCGUGAAAGGGGCACAGAGAUGGAAAGUUUAUCAAUCUAUGCUAUGGGAAGGGCAGAGUGGUCCAUCAACGGACGUCCCAAUCGUCCAUGAUACUGCUCGUACCGUUGGCUGGACAAAAAAUGCGCAUGGACAUGACAUCCCUACAUCAGCAAACAAAAUAGGAUGGAGGUUCUGGGCAUCAACAGAUGGUAUUACGGAUGAAUUGAAGAAGACCAUCCGACUUGCCAUGCCAGGAGUAAAAAAUAUUCAACUGACAGAAAUCUCCGCUAAUGAGUGGAUGGAGCCGGAAUUCAGUAUAACUGCGUCAUUUGAUUGCAACAAUGGAAUCAUUAUAUCCUCGUUAGCGUACUUUCGAAUCACCGUGAAGAAUAAUGGCAAACCUACCCUCAAAAUCUCCCAAUACAGGUGGUCGGAUGUGAUGUGGGGAUUGUGGACAGCUGUGUGUCCAGACCAGAAGGAAAGACUGAGAUAUUUUAUUCGAGAUAACAUUGCGAAUAAAGACAGUCGCUCUAUUAUGAAGGAAGCGGCCAUUGCUGCAGGUCAUUAUCACACGAGUAAAAAAGAUUGGGAUUUGAAUGAUAAGCAAGUCACGAUAUGGAAACCGACCCAGUUAAAGCUUGGAGAUAUUACUGAGAAUAGCUGCGAUGCAGCUGCAGGUGACUGUGACUUCUACGCUGUACUCCACACUCCGAAUGCGAUUGGAAUACUUUGGCUUGCUCAGGGCCAUGCCAACGAAUUGAGCUACGACAGUAUUAAUAAAAUCACUGGGAUUAGCUUCUGGACACCUGAUAUGGUAAUUGAUGGAGAUUCGGACUCGAACUCGAAUUCGGAUGACGAUGAAGACGAUGAUGAAAACCUCAGAGAAAGUGAAUUGGAAGAGAUGACAUGGUAUUCGGUCAUUGAAUUGGGGGUUUCCUCCAAAGAAUGCUGA